CCUAGUACAACUUUCAACUGGUUCAACCCGAGUUAAAACGUAAAUUAACAACCAGCAAAGAAAUUAGUUAUCGUCUUCUGAUUCUCCAUAUACAAACAAAGGGGUCCUAAAUUUAACCCAGUGGUACCAAAUCCUCCAGAGCAGUUUGUGGACGACAUUAACAAACUUACCCCCCACUCCCCAGUUCUCUAUGCACCUCAUUCUCUUCUCCCCCUCUCUCCACAAUUCAAACCCUAACAUUUUUGGUUCGGGGAAAACAGGUUUGUGCUUCAAGAUCAUACAAAGACGAUGAUGAAGCAGUAUGUAUCAUCAUCAUCACCAUCGCUUAAAAUAGCAACCACCGGAGGAUUAAUUACGUUGUCGAAUUUGAAUUUGCAUUUUCCAUCUUCUCCACACUGUUGUCGAGAUCCUAAACCCAGUUCCUCUUCCUUCCCUCUGAUUGCAGCUAAAUUUGUCAUUUCGUCUAGGAACGCCGUUUGCUACGCAGUCCAAGAGUCAUCCGCCGCUUCUACUGUUGCUGCCGAAACUAAAGAGGAUAAAGAGGGAGAAUCCAAAGCGGCUGCUGCUCCGGCGAAGCCAAAGGCUCCGGCAAAAGCCCCUGUUAAGGCGUUACCGGAGAUGAUGAAAGAGGACGUGAUUCCUUCCCUAAGAUCGAUUCUUGAAACUCAACAAGAUAUAUCCGAACUUGAAUUGUUUUUUGAAGACAACAAGCUAGAAGGGUCCUUUAUGAAGAAGGGUAUACCAUAUUCAUUCUGGGCUUUAUUCCCAGAUGGUAACAUCACAGGUCCAAAAGGGUUUUCAAUAUCAUCAUACGGGUCAACUGCAAGCAAUGUGGAACCUUUUCUGGUGGAUGAGAAAAAAGUGACAUCAAAACUUCUUGUUUUCUGGGUUGAAAAGCGUUUAGCUGCUCAAGGAAUAAUUCCCGUCUGGACGGAUUAAGAUCAUGUUUCUAAGCGGUCACACUCAACAGCAACCAUAUACAUGAUAAUGUACAAGUUUUUCGGAUCUUGAUGCUGUAAACACAACGUUUAUAAUAGCAUUCAUUCACUUGGAUCUUUAUUUUUUACUACUUGUAUAUAACUAAAAUAACUAAAAAAGUAUCAUCAUCCAAUUGCAUUAAAAUCUAGAGUACAAAUGAUCCGUCUUUGGGAUCGAAUCCAACAGAAAUUCAAGUUAACAACACAUACAACAGCAACUGAAAGAUAUUAUGGUCCAAACAACCAAAAGCUCUGACUGUGUUUACUUGUCAGAACUCAGAAAUGGGUGUUUGAGUUAUGGCUUCGCAUUGCUUGCCUGAGUUCACCUAAGAAAUCAAUCUGACUCCCUGAAGCUCCAACUCCAACUCUACCUGUCUGGGAAAUCAUCUGAAAUAAAAUAAAAAAUACAACAAAAAUGUUUUAGGUUAGAGAGCGAGAGAAGAUGA